AUGACAUCCCGCCUUGUCUUGGUCAUUGGCGACCUCUUCAUUCCCGACAGGGCGCCAUUCAAGAAGCUCCUCACACCCGGGAAAAUAGGCCAGAUACUAUGUCUCGGCAAUCUCACGGAUCGAGAUACAUAUGAAUUCCUCCGCCAGAUAGCGCCAGACCUGCAGGUCGUGAAGGGCGAUUUCGACGUGGAUGCUCCCAAUCUCCCGCUCUCCAAGGUUGUCACGCAUGGGAGCUUGCGUAUCGGGUUUACUCACGGCCACACCAUUAUUCCACAGGGAGAUUCGGAAGCGCUGCUGAUUGCGGCCCGGCAGAUGGAUGUUGAUAUCCUAUUAUGGGGCGGGACCCAUAAGUUCGAAGCAUACGAGAUGGAAGGCAGAUAUUUUGUCAAUCCUGGCAGUGCGACUGGCGCUUUUACCACGUCAGGCGUAUCUAAGGGAGAGGGGCCGACUCCGAGCUUCUGCUUGAUGGAUGUGCAAGGAGAUGUUCUCGUGCUAUAUGUCUACCAGAUACGGGUAGACGAGCAGGGUGCUGAGAAUGUGGUUGUCGAGAAGGUGUCUUUCCGGAAACAAAUAUCCCAGCCAGCUUAA